AUGAAGGUCCAACAGAACGCCGUCAAUGUGCUGGAACGCACUUCUUCGUACCUAAAAGCGGGUCUUUUGACGAAGACGCCCGCUUGGUACGACGUAGUGGCUCGUGUUCCUCCAUCCAAGAGAUUUGUACGCGAGCCUCGUCUGAUAAAUCCCGCCAAUGAUGAACCGACCUCAAAAUUGCCAGAUUUUGGUGAAAUCUACAACUCUCAAAACGGAACUUACAAGACCAGAGCUAGUCGAGCGGACAAAAAGAGCUUAACAAAUAACCUAUACAAGGCUCCGAAACUAAAAUAUGCAGAGGACAAGCUGCGUGAACUCUUUUACGAGCAGCAUCCAUGGGAGCGUUCAAGACCUAAAAUGCUUGUUGAAGAUGCAGGAACCCGGACUUAUGAGUGGCACAAUUUGCAACAAUUGGGCAAGCCUCUAGACGGCGAAAGCGUGGUACAAAGAACCAUGCAUCUGCUCAAAACUAAGGAGCAAACUGAGCUGCUAGCUGCUUACGACCAGGCAAGAUUCGAAUUUUACCGUUUAAGGAUACAGGAAGAAAUACAAACCCAAGUUGCCCAAGAGGAAGCAGAAAUGUUCGGAACGGUUUUCGGUCCUUCAGCGAUCGAGUUCGGGCUGCAAAAGGAACAGAAGAUCAUUGAAAUCUGGAAACAAAAAGCUAUUGAUCAAUCAGAGCUUGUGUCGGCGCGAAACUCAAAUCCUGCAGAGUCAUGGUCGAGCACCUCUACACAGACAGAGGCAGACUCGAAGGCUUCAGAGACUCAAGAAAUACAACUGUGA